UAACGACGAGGACGUAAAGGUGACACGGGUUCAUAGAACAUGCUCUCUGCUCUCUUUGAAGUUCAGUAACAAGACAGAACCUUAUCUUCAGGUUUGUUGUCACCCACCGCAGAACCUCUCCUCUCUCCGUGCAACACAUCCAGCGAACCUUAGCUCGAAUAUCCAAUACCUAAACCUCACUUUUUGAUUCACUGAUUUACGUUGUCCUAACCUGAUUCCUCUCAACAGUAGCUAGGAGGAUCUCAUCAGAUCAAUAUAAAUGGCUGACAACGUAGACCAAAUGAGUUCGAAAACAACCAGGGAGAUGAAGAAGAGAGAUUUGUUGAAAAAUGCGAUGAAGGGCCAAUGGCGUGAAGUUGUGGAGAUAUACAAAAACGAGGCAUGGAUUCACAAGGAAAAGAUCACAAGGUCAGGUGAAACAGCAUUACACAUUGCUGUCUCCGAUGGCCAAAAAAAGAUUGUCGAACAACUUAUAACAGCAAUAAAGUCUCAAACAUAUCAGAAUGCCAAGAAAGCUGUUAGUGUUGAAAACAAGCAAGGGAAUACCGCUCUCCACUUUGCUGCAUCAAAGGAGAAGGAACGUCCCAGCAUGUGCGAGUCCAUAGCAGAAGUUGAUCCAUUUUUGGUGUUUUGUCGUAAUUGUGAAGGAGAGACUCCCAUUUUUUUGGCAGCGUUCCACGGUAAUAGAGGAGCAUUUCUUUAUCUUCACCGAAUCUGUGCAGCUGAAACCAAUCAGGAUGGCUACGAUUAUUCCACCAAGUACGAUGGUAACACCACUCUUCACAGUGCCAUUAACGGACAACAUUUUGAUUUGGCAAUUCAGAUAGCUCAAUUGUAUCCGAAACUAGCAAACAGUGUCAAUGAGAAAGGAGUAUACCCUCUCAGCAUACUUGCGGCCAAGCCUUCCGCUUUCAGAAGUGGCAAACCCCUUGAAUCAAUAUGGCAUAGAGCCAUCUAUAACCCAUCUACUUCUGGAACAAAUGGAACUGGCGAAGGAAUACAUGCAAAUGAAUCAGAUCCGACCAUAGGCACAGACGUUGAGAGUAAUAGAUCACCAGACGAAUAUUCAGGAAGACAUGAUGAUGAUCAUGAUCAUGGAGGCAUCUUUUCUAGGCCAUAUUUCAAGCUCGCAUAUUCCAAGUCAAUGUUGAUCAUUUCAUGGUCAAUGUGGAUCAGUUCAUGGCUUCUCUACAAUUUCACCAGUGAACUCAAGGGAAUAUUUCUGUUACCAUUUGGAAUAAAAGGAUAUAGCAGGAGAAGAAGGAUGGAGCAUAUGCGCCGGAGUUCUUAUUAUGUCGAACAGAAUCACACAUGGGCCGUUCAAAUUAUGAACAAGCUUUUAGAGCAUACAGAAUUAUACCAAGCUUCUGAAGGCAUUCAUUAUCGACUAUCUAAUCGAGACAGGGAGACUCCCAUACUAACUGCAGCUAAAUAUGGUGUCAUUGAAAUGAUAGAGAGAAUCUUAGAACUAUAUCCCCUUGCCGUAUACGAUGAGACUCCGGUUACGAACAAGAAUAUAGUGCUUUUGGCUGUGGAGAAUAGGCAAAUACAUGUUUAUCAACUAUUGCUGCAAAAAACUAUCCCUAGAGACAGCUUGUUUGGGCAUGUGGAUGACGAUGGGAAUAGUGCCUUGCAUCUCGCCGCAAAGCUUGCAACCAAUACGCCUGGUAUGGUUCCGGCCGGUCUGCGAGUACUCUGGGAGAUCCGGUGGUAUCAGUUUGUCAAGGACUCCAUGCCAUCCAACUUCUUCCCCCUCCACAAUAGGGAGGGCAAGACACCCAUAGAAAUUUUCACCGAAAGCCACAAGGAAGUCAUUGAAAGUGGUGGAAAGUGGCUAAGCAGCACCUCCAGUUCCUCCUCCGUUGUGGCUACAGUUAUCGCUAGUGUGGCCUUUGCCACCGCUGCCACAAUACCAGGAGGCUUGAAGCAGGAUCGUGGCACUCCAAUGUACGAAAACCAGCCCACGUUCUACAUCUUUGCCAUCUCAUCGCUAUUUGCACUCUUUUUCUCCAUCACUUCGGCGGUCAUGUUUAUCGUCCUCACGUCAUCACCGUACGAAGUCAGAGCUUUCAGCAGUGAUUUGCCGAAGAAGCUGUUGAUGAGUUUAAUGAUGCUUUUUAUGGGCAUAGUUUCAAUGAUGAUAUCCUUCUGCGCUUCACAUUUCUUUCUGUUUCAAGAUAAACAUGAGAAAACUGGGGCGUUGGUAUUUUAUGUUGUGAUGGUUGCGUUGGUAAUUUACUUGACUAUAAAGAAUUCUUCGGUGUUUUUAAAUCUUCUUAGGUUUACUUUCAGCGAUGUGCCAGAGCGCCUUGACGAGGAUGAUUUUUAAUGUAUUUGUUUAUAUUUAUUUCAUUUGUUUCCCUUUUAAGCUUUCCUUCUAUUUAAUCCAUCGAAUUUGUACUACACAUAUAUAAGUUCUGAUCAUCUGAUGAUCCUAUGCGUCUAUAAUUAUAUGCUUGACAAGAAUACUGUUUGAUCUCCAUAUGAAAUGAAAACCAUGGAAUAUUAUUGCUUGCU